AUGGCCCCUAAAGGCCAGAGAGCAGCGGGCACCAGCCAGCUUCGCACUCAUUCUCGCUCAUCGUCGGCAACAAAGCUAGGUGGAAACAUUCAGUUUACCCAGAAAGAUGUCCAACCACAAGGGCGCUCUGAUAAGCUGCCCAAGAAGAACGGUUUUGAACCCCAUGGCAAAGCCGCCCCACCUUUUGCACGGGUAAACAGCAGCCAGAGGAUCGCUUCAAGAGACCAUCUUCACCCUCCAUCAACCUCGAGACGCGCCAAUUUGCCCAAGCAUGGCAAGGCUAAAGCAGGUUUUACCAUCGCGAGUUCAACAGAUGGAGAUGACGAUGAAUGGAUCUCCAGUGAGAGCGGUGUAGCAACACCGGCUCUCGAAGACUCUGACUCUGACACCGCGUCGGAAGCGGACACUCCACAGCACGAUAUCGUUCACACCCAGUGUCCCACACACGCUGAACAACCUGAUCCCAGCGCUCAACUACAGGCGCCUCUGCCUCGCGUCGAUACAGCACGACCAUUUAAUCUCGAAUCCACCACAUACACAAAUCCAGACACCAUUCACCACUACGAUCAUCCUCCGCAUCCGGAGGAAAGUCUUCUACGCCAGCACCAACAAGAUGAGCCCGAACAUAUGGACACGGUUGACGCAUCUAUUCAGCCACGAACGAGUUCCAAACGUUCUUCGCGUCCACCAUCCACUCGUUCCAUCUCCAGUCGGCCGGAGCAUCACUUACGUCCCCACCCCUUGAUCCGUGGACAAUCGUAUGGUCACGUUGGUAAUAUCAAGCCCGCGCCCCUUGCGCCAUUGACAGUCAGGCCCGGCCCACAACCUACGACUUCUACACCACAGCUUUUGAACGAUGAUUCAAGAAACCACCUUUCAACUUCACCAACGAGUAUACAUACCGCUUCCUCUUCUGCCGAUGCUCCAUAUCCCUCUCAUGAUCGCCGCACCUCAUUCUCAUCUACCCGUUCAGUAAUGACUGCCCCUACCAUCGUCCGAGAACCCGCCAAGGCCCACGACAGGAGUCGAACCAUUUCGACGAUGUCAGCAUCUUCCUCCUCUGCAGCUCUCUCCGCCCUGGCUCAUCUGCCUUCGGUCACUCGACCGCCCUCCCCACAAACGAUCGCGUUCUUCCCACCCGUAAACCCGCAUCUGAAUAUCGAAGGUAUUCACCCACUGCUCCCAGCACCGUACUUGAACAAUCACCUCACCAUAUUGGUGAGACGAACACCCAUCAGGGAGUCAUUUGACCGUGUCAUUCGAGCCAAGCAAGCACUCUAA